CUCAUGAGCACUCCGCUUCCUUCUCAGACAAUGUCCUCUGCACGUCUUGUCACCACUCACAUCAAGCUUCCCAAGGUCUGCAUCUCUCAUAAUGACACCGCCAAGAUCCAAAGAUCGAAAGCGGGCACAGCACACGCGCUCGAAGCUGGGCUGUCGUGUCUGCCGUAUUCGGCGAGUAAAGUGCGAUAAGACGCGCCCAGCCUGUCUCAAAUGCACCAGUACCGGCCGCACGUGCUCCGGGUAUCCGUUGGCGCGGGAUACGGCGGCGACUCAGCUCAUCCUUCCGCGGCGAGAAUUCGCAACCUUCCCGCUGGACGAUCCGCUGGAAGAGCGGUCCCUGCAUUUCUUCCAGAGCCGCACGGCGCCGCAGUUUGCGGGGCAUUUCGAGAAAGAGUUCUGGUGUCGGCUAGUGCUGCAGGUUGGGACGCGCGAGGGGUGCGUUAGACAGGCGAUUUUGGCGCUGGGCGAGCUGCAUGUUGCCUUUCAGGAAGAACACCAGGGCGCGGUGGUGGGGGAAGGCACGUGGAGUGGAAGAGGAAGAGCGAGGGAGAAGGCGGCUGAGUAUUACGCCAAGGCUAUUAGACUGCUGAAUGCGCAGAUCAGAGAGCGGAGCUGGAGGGGCCUGGAUGUCUCGCUGCUGUGCUGCAUUCUGUGCGUGGCGUUUGAGUGGCUGCGCGGCUGCUACAAAGCCGCAUCGACGCAUUUGCAGAGCGGCCUUCUGAUCCUUAGUCAGUGGAGUGCGAGUAGGGGUUUGGGCGCUGCGUGUGGUGGUGGGAUAGCUUUUUCGAGCCCGACGGGGCAUCUGAUUCGCGCGCAGAUGGCGCCGGUCUUUACGCGCUUGACGCUGCAGGCGAGGACGUUCUCGACGCCGUGGCUGGGCGUCGGCUCGCUGGGGGGCAUGGAGAGCCUGGUUCCUCCGCAGAGACUACAGGGCGAAGAGUAUGAUCUCAAGGCCGCAAGAGAUGAGCUGGAUAUGCUGCUUAGCGACGUGUAUCUGCACCCCGAGAACUUCGCACCUUCGUAUCCGCAGCCAGUGCUCAGCGGCGCUGCGCGCGCGGCGUUCUGGAACAGGCUCUCGCAGUGGCAUCGCGAGUAUAAACACCAUCUCUUCCAUCAUCCGUCGUUUCCGACCUCGGAAGCUCCCGGCCGUGGAGGAGGCCCACCACCCACACCCGACAAGAUCUCCCUUACCAUGUGGUACACGACGCUCACGAUUAUGCUAGCGACGAGCCAUUCCGCGGACCAGAUGCUGUAUGAUGCAUUCCUGCCGCAGUUCUCCCGCAUGGUCGCCUUUGCGGACUUCCUUCUGUCCUGCUCCUCGUUCCCGGUAUCCCCAUCUCCUAUCCCAUCAUCAUCAGCUCCCACUGCCACUGCCCUAGCAGCAACGCCCUCUACCCGCUUCGCGCUCGACAUGGAAACCGUCCCUAUGCUCUACUACGUCGCCUCGAAAUGCCGACACCCGGCUACACGGCGCAAAGCCAUCACACUGCUUGAGACCGCCGCGCCGCGCGAGGGAUGCUGGGACGGCGCUGCAUCGGCGAGACUGGCAAAGGAGAUUGUGGGGGUUGAGGAGGAGGGGUUGGGGUUGGAGCAAGGAGCGGAUGGGACGACGCUGGAGGAGGGAAUGGAUGAGAGAAUGGUGAAGGCGAAGAUGCGGGUGUGGAAAGUGAGCGAGGAGACGGAUUUGCAGGGACGUAGGAUGAGGGUGAGGUUUUUGAGGCAGGGGCAGGCGGAGGUGGGGAGUUUGACGGUGCUGACUUGGUGAGGAUGGGGAGGGAAGGGAGGAAUUGGGAGGAGGGGGUGUUGUGGCGAAUUGGAAGGGCAUUGAGAAGCUAUUGUCCUCGGGAGCUAGAGCAGUAUCACUGUUCCAUCGAACCAUUCCUUGGUGUUUGCUGAACGAGCAUUGGACAAAGCCGUUGCGAGUUGUGUUAUCAUGGCUUUUGACAGCUCCCAAUCCAUUAAGCGGGUGGAGAAGGAGCCAACCUAUUAUCCAAACUCUCUCUAGCCGAUAGAACAUAGAAAAGAAGCACAAUAAG